UUGUUACUCGUGUUGGUAGACUGGUCUUUACUGCAGAGACUGACCUCGGUGUUGUACUCUCCCUCCCUGCCACUUUAGCUUAUUUUCAACAUCGUACUAGAAAUAAUUUUAUUAAUUGUGGGCAAGCUCGAGUUAGAACACGUGUUAAAGAAGGUGCACGCCUAGAAACAGUGCACUAUAAGUGACUGACAAAAAAUAGUUACGUUCUCACAAUCCUAAACUUAGUCCUGACAAAUUUUACAAUCUAUAGUCAAUCAAACAGUUACUCGACUAUCCUCUCUUGCUACAGCUAAUGCCAUGAAGCAAUGAUGUCUGUCUCAAUCACUGCAUAAGAUAAAUUCUUUAAUGCUCUAACCAUCUGUGUAAAGACAUUUCAUCUACCGCCCUCUCUGAGAAGUGACAAUUUUGAUCUGAUUGUCACUGACUCUCCAGUUAGAAGAGACAUUUUUCUCACAUUCAGUACAUCCAAGCCAUUUAAAAUUUUAAAAACCUGAAGUCCAUCUCCUCUUCGUCUUUUCUCACCAAUGUGAUGGAUAGUUUGAGAAGUUCAUAAGAACUAGAAGCAGAAAAGGCAAUUCAGCCCCUCAAGUCUGCUCUGUCAUUUGAUAAGAUCAUGGCUGAUCUCAUCUUCAUCACAACUCCACUUUCCUGCCUGCUCCCCAUUACCCAUCAACUCGUUACUAAUUAAAAAUCUAUGUGCUCCUUAAAUUUACUCAGUGACCCGGCAUCCCUCACAGUCUUGGGUUGUGAAUUCCAGAUUCAUGACCAUUUGAGAGAAGUGAUUUCUUCCCAUCUGUUUUCACUCUUCUCCUAAAAUGUGACUUCUCAUUCUAGAUUUCCCUACAUAAGGAAUCAUCCUUUCUACCUCUACAUUGUCAAUCCCCUUUAGCAUCUUGUAUACCUCAAUUAGAUCUCUCAUUCUUCUAAACUCUGCAGAGUAUAAGUUUGAACAGCUCAAUCUCCGUUCAUAAGACAAACCCCUCAUCUCUGAAAUCAAUCUACUGAACUUCUCUGAACUCCAAUACAACCUCUAAUAUUAUGUAAUAUAUCUAAGAUUAGGAGAAAGUUAUAUAACAGAGUAUCACAAAACUUGCAAAUAAUAACGUACCACAUGAGAGACUCUUCAAAUUCAAGAUAGGUUAUGAAUUUGGAUUGUACAGAACAGGUUUCCCCAAGGGCUGCUGUUUUAAUCUUCAUGUUUGUAUAAAUUAUCUAAGUUGUGGGGAGCUAGAUUUGUGGUUGGAUAAGUGGUAUGUACGACUUCAAGGAAGAAGUCAAAAAUUUGCAAAGAACUCAAUAGAGUUUACAUGUAGAGUGGUAAUUCCCAAUGAAAUGCAAUAUGGGCAAAAAGCUAUUUUGUUUGGAAUUAAAAAUGCAGCCUAAUACAUCCUGUGUCGAAUAUAGCCUGUCAAGUGGUACCUAGGUAGUUGAUUAAGAUAUCUGAAGAGUGUGAGGCAGAGCAAUUUUAUAAAUAGGAAACUGGGUUAUAUUUUAAACGUCAGUUGGGUUCAGAUCUCCAAAACUCACACAGAGGUUGUCCAGAACUCUAAGUACAAGUUGUAUCUGAAUUACUACAUGUGCUUUUCAUCACAGUGAGAUUGGGACUCCAUCCAGACCAUAGGAUAAGUGCUGAGCUGAGCAAAGAAGCACAUUCAUAAUAUUAUGGAGGAGAGUAUGGAGGACAACUUGAUAACCUUGAGCUCUUCAGCCUUGAGAAGUGAAGUCCCAUGGGAAUUUUAUAUAUGUAUGGAAUUGCAAAAAUAAAUCCAGAUAGUACUAUCAAGGCAGGGCACCAGAUUAGGAGGAUGCAGAUUCAGAUUUAUAAAAGGCAAGUAUAAGAUAGAUGUCAGGAUACAUUUCAUGACAGAGGGUGGUUAACUGUUGAAACAAAUUGCGAGGAAUGAUGGCUGCAUUCAAGAUACUGGAAUAAUUUUAAGAAAAAAAGAACAUGCACUUUAAAGGGAACCGGAUACUGGGAGUAUCUUCUUCAGAGCCAAGGAGUAGACCUGAUAUCAUUUGAUACAAAUAAUAUUUAUCCACCAGAAAUGCGAUAUUCAGAGAUUUUGACCAGCGGCCCUGAAAUCCUUGAGCAGUUUCCUGACAGAGUGCUUUUUCUGGCCUGGCCAGACAUAGACGCAGCUGCCACAAUGUCUCACACUGGAACGCAGGGUAGCAUUGGAAGCCAUUCUGCUUCAAGUCUUCGCACUAACAGGAUGAUCAUUUAUGAGUAUGAAAGCUUCCAAGGUCGCAGAAUGGAUAUCAAUACAGAGUGCAGAAACAUCUGCGAUCAGGGCUUCGAUAAAGUGGGGUCCAUCCGUGUUGAAUGUGGACCGUGGGUGGGUUUUGAACAGCAGAACUUCUGUGGUGAGAUGUUCAUGCUGGAGAAAGGAGAAUAUCCUCGUUGGGACUCCUGGUCCAAUAGUUAUCGCACUGACUGUAUGAUGUCUUUCAGACCUGUUAGAAUGGAUGGGCAGGACCAUAAAAUUUGCCUUCAUGAAUGUGCUAACUUUGAUGGAAGAAAAAUGGAGAUCUGCGAUGAGGACAUUCCCAGUCUCUGGGCUUAUGGUUUCCAGGACAGAGUUGCCAGUAUUAAAGUAAUUGGUGGAACGUGGGUUGGCUAUGAAUAUCCAGGCUACAGGGGAUAUCAAUACGUGCUAGAAUGUGGAUCAUACAAACACUGGAAUGAAUGGGGUGCUCAACAGCCUUUGAUUCAGUCCAUGCGCCGUGUGAAGGACCAACAAUGGUACAAAAGGGGUUGCUUUGAGUUUAUAAACUAAAAUAAAUCAUGCUUUUAGACAGCCAUGGGAAUAAUUUUAUUGUUUUCAUAUCAGGAUCACAGAAAUUAAUAAUCACUCAUAUAUAAUUUCCCAUUUUUAAGUUAUAGUGGAUAUUGUAGUGUCCAUGAAAGUAUUUUAUUUUGCUGGCAACAAAUCUCAAUUAUUUUAGAAUUGUCGCAAAAAAUGAUAGCUGGUUUAAGUCCAGCUUAUGUUUCUUAACCCAAACU